AAGAAAUGGAAGGACUUGAAUAUCCGGUUGUUCGUAUCCUCGCAGCUGAAGGGUUUCCAAAUAUCGAAAUGACUACCAGUGAUACAUUGAAUCGUACUUAUUUUAGGGAUUUUCUUAGAACAUAUUACGAUAUAGAUUAUGAUAAUACAGAAGAAGAAGUUCGAGAAUAUUUAAUGAAGCUUCCUGAUGAAUAUAAGGAGCAAAAGAUCGGAA